GGCGACUCCGCACUCAUCAGCCGCCGCGGCCCCCGUCACGCCGCAACCGCAGGCCACCGCCGCGCCGCCCACUGGCCACCGCCGCGCCGCCCACUGGCCACGGCGACUGCGGCACACAUCAGCCGCCGCACACAGCAGCACGACGAGUUGUAAUCGGCCAACCCACGACCCCACGCGGCCACAGCCCACAGCUUGGCCUGCGCAGCAAUUUGUUUGUAGUUCCGCCACUGCUCAGACGCCUGCGUUCCCAGCCGCGCCUCACCCACUCGCGCUGGGUGUGCCUUGGAGAUGGCCGAAGCGUCAUUUUUUGAUAGGAUGGUUUCCCAGCUUCGGUCGACAUCCAAGUACUACACUGGAUAUCCCAAGGAUCUAGGGCCAUCAAGAAUCAUACCGUUCACAUCAGAGCGUCAGUUUGUGCAGCUAUUACAUGAAGGACGGCCUGUUGUUGUGGCCUUUACUAUUAAGUGCACUUAUACGCAGCAUCUUGACAAAGUACUAGAGGAGGCUGCUGCUACAUUCUAUCCUCAUAUAAAGUUUGUUCGGGUGGAAUGCCCAAAGUAUCCUGGGUUUUGCCUCACGAGGCAAAAGACUGAGUAUCCAUUUCUUGAAGUAUUUUACAACCCAGAACAGGCUGCUAACCCAGGAAAGAUCGUGGACCCGAGCGUCACAAAAUACUCUGCAAAAGUCCUACCUUUCAACUAUGACCAGAGCGUGUAUGGAUUUCGAGAGUAUUUUAAGAAGUAUGGGUUCAAGUAUUCCGAAACAAACUAGGUUUGAGCCCUGCAGAGUUAGACAGUCCAGCUGGCAUGACGAGGCCUGGUUAUUAAAUUUACUUUCAGCGUGUACUAACAGUGAUACCGCAUUCUUAUGUGUCAGCACCCCCUGCAUAUUUGCUCUGCCUUGGCAAAUCAGCAAAUGGUUGAAAAAAUGGCCAAGCUAUUAGCUAGGUUUCCGGUAUGCUCAAGAUUGCAGUAGAAUUUCUACAUGUUGCAUGUUGUUAUUUGUCGAAUCUCUGAACUGCAUUUUCAGAUUCAGUGUUAAUAAAAAUUCUGCGGCUGGCUA